CUUCUCUGGACCAAAGCCUUUUGCCAGACCGCUUCUUGCCCCCAGCCCCCCAUGGCCCCUUCAGGUGUCAUGCUGCUCCUGCUUUUGCUCCCAGUGGCUGCAGCUGGGGUGACCCCAGGUUCCUGUUCCGGAUGUGGGCCCCUCUCUCUGCCAAUCCUGGCAGGGCUCAUGGCUGCCGACGUGGUGGUGUCGUUGCUCAUCGUUGCCGUGGUGUUUGUGUGUGCCUGCCCACGCCACAGGCCCCCCCUAGAAGAUGACAAAGUCUACAUCAACAUGCUGGGCAGGGGCUGACCCCCUUGUGAGACCUUUGACUUCUGACCCUCUCAUCCCACAUUGUGUGCGGCCGCACAGGAAACGCACUCCCCACUUUGGGGUGGAAUAAAGCAAUUAAACUAC